AUGAAGAUUGCUGUUUUAACUCUAUUAUCCACAAUUUCCGUGGUCUUAGCUGAGUAAAAACUUGGAUUCGUUUUUGAAAUAGUUAGACAUGGUGCUCGUGCUCCCCUUUUAGAAGAGCCUGAUGGCUUCUUCAAAGUUAAAGCUGGUAUGCUUACUGCCUAAGGUAUGAGAUAGAGAUACCUACUCGGUAGAUUAAACAGAGACAGAUACAUUGAUUAAUAUGGGUUGAUUGACAAAGAUUACAACCCAAAAUAAAUAUUAAUUACUUCGACAAACUACCUUAGAACGAUAUAAAGUUCAUAUUCAGAGAUGAUGGGCUUAUACCCUCCUCAUUCUUUUACAAAAAGCAAGUUAUCAGAAGGAGAAAACUAAUCUCUCAAAUCUGGAAAAGGCUUACCCAAAUUAGCAAGAUCAAGCAAGUAAGAGGAUAUUGAAAGGUUAGGAUCAUUAGUAGAUGGAUAUACAUUUAUUCCAGUAUACAAUUAUUAUGAAUUACCUUUAGAAGAUGACGUAUCUUAGAAAACUUGUCCCUUCACUAGAGACUGCUUUAACUAUUACUAUAAAACACCAAGUGAGUUCACUUAAGAAGGAAAGUAUGUACUUCCAUUUAUGAGAGAAAGUGUCGGUAAAGCUUUCAACCUAUCAGCAGAUGACAUAAAAAACAUGGACUACUUGAAAUACUAUUACUAUGGAGACAUUAUUCACGCAGAGUCUUUUGAAGGGGAUCCUAAUAGAUACAAAUUCUCAGUAGAGGAAUGGUAUUACAUGAGGUAAUCUCAAAGAAUAGUACUUUCAAAAGGUCUAAACGAUUAAGCUAAGAAGUUAUAUGGAACUAAAUUUUUCAGAAAGCCACUAAAAGCUAUGGCUGAUAGAUUUAAUGACUUGAUAAACGGUAAUGAUAAUCCAGAUUAGCUCAGAUAUAUGAUUUACUCUGGUCACGAUGAUUAAAUAGUCAACAUAAUUGAUUGGCUCAAUCCUCAAGGACAUGAGUAUAUUGAUGCAACCUAUACCUCAACCAUCUACUUCGAAUUAUUUUAUGACACUGAUUGUUUGAAAGCGAAUCCAAAGAGUCAUUCUUGCUUUGAGAUGCAUAUGAGACAUAAUGGAGUCCCAAUUAAAUUUGAUACAUGUGUCAACAAUAAUAUGUAGGCUUAAUCUGGAUCAAUCCUUUGCAAAUAUGAUGACUUCUUGACUUAUAUGAAUUCAAAAAUGAUAACUGAUGAUGUGAAUGUCAGAUGUAUGGAUAAGUUUACUCCUCCAACAACUCAAAAGAAAAAAGAAAAAGGCUUUUGGCAUUUAUUUGACAAAAACAAAUGA